AUGGCGCCGCACAUCCACAUGACAGAACUUGAGCAGCGGCGAAUUCUCCAACAGAGGACGCUGCAUGGUCACCGCUGCCGGAUGACCUUCUACGAUGCCUACCUGGAUGUGCUUGACAAAGCCAAACAAGAUGCAAAGUACUGGGCAGCCACAGUGCAUGGCAAGGACCUGCGACUCGUGAAAGUUUCCUGCGGCUUCUUCAGAGAGGAGAUCCCCAUGUUUGAACGAGUUCGAUACCGAAUGCUGUGGCUCGUGGAGUGGAGUGUUUUCGAGAAUUUCGUCAUCAUUCUGAUCAUUUGCAAUGCUCUCGUCAUGGCUCAUCCCGUGGCAUACGAUGAAGCGAGUCAGCCCAGAGGCGUCCAGAACACGUAUUUCGUCUUCGAGACCUUGGUCUCUGCAGUGUUCACUAUCGAGUGCCUGUGCCGAAUCAUUGCCCAGGGCCUUUUCUUCGGUGACGCGCCGAACCCGUGCUACUUGAAGGAGCCUUCAAACUGGAUAGACAUGAUAGUCGUCAUUUUCACAUUUGUCGAGCCUUUUGCAGCAGAAGUUAUUUCCGAGCAGGACCUGAGGACUAUGAGAGUCCUCCGUAUUUUCCGUGUGUUCAGAGUAAUCCGAGGGAUGACAUUCCUGCCGCGCUUGAGGACCAUUGUGCAGUCCCUCUCCAAGAGCUUGUACCGGCUCUGGAUCUCUUCCCUGGCUAUCACCUUCACCCUGAUCGUGGUCAGCAUGGCUGGGACAGAUCUCUUUGGCGAUGUCUACUGGAGGCGUUGUCGGCUUUCGGACGAGCCCUACGUCUUGAAUGGCACACUAGUUUGGCCUUUGGACCCAGAUCAGCCGCGGUUCUGCGGCGGUCGGUAUGAGUGUGUGCCAACGGCAUCUGGAGCUCCGACCUAUUGCAGGACUCCGGUGCGCACGGACACAGGCCCACUUCCCGGCUACAAUCCAUGGCCCGAGCUUUUCGAGAAUCCGCUGGCAGACUAUGGCUUCACUGGGUACCAGACAUUGUGGAGUGGUCUGCUGACGACCUUCCAGGUGGUGAACAUCGACGGAUGGAGCAGCAUCAUGCACCGCUUUGAGGAUGCGAAGUGGCCCGGCUUGACCGUCCCCUUUUUCAUCCUUUUAGUGCUCUUUGGAGGCUUGAUCCUGAUGAACUUGGUGUUGGCGAUACUCUGGCACAGCUUCGACACAACUGUGCAGGAGGACAGGUCAGAGUUGGGGGAUAGCAAAUUGCAGCUGGAGGCCAAGAGAAUGCAUCCGAAGCCCAUUAUUACCCCGGAUAUCCAGCAGAUGCCACUUCAUGCCCUUGUAAGCUCGGUUCAGCAGUUGGAGGUUGAGCUAGCAGCUGCUCAAGCCUUUCAAGCGCUUGACACGGAGUUUCGCUCGAUGGGACUCAAGAACAUCUGCUACAGCAUGAUCACCAGCCCAUGGUUCGGGCGCGUGAUGAACUUUAUCAUUCUCUUCAAUGCGCUCUGCAUGUGCUUUGACAUCUAUCCCCCAUAUGACGAUACAGUGCUCCUGAUUCUCGACAACAUCAACUUUCUGUGCUCGGUCAUCUUCUUUUUCGAGGUGUGUAUCAAGAUCAUGGGAGUCGGCGUAUCCUUCUUCGAGGACAAUGGCAACAGGUUUGAUUUUCUACUCGUGAUGCUCUCGGUGGUGGAGCUCUUUCUGAGUGGCGGGUCCGCGUUGUCUGCCCUGAGAACUGCGAGGCUCUUGCGCAUCUUCAGAAUGAUCCACAUGAGCAUGAAUUUCCGUAUCCUCCUCAUGGUCUUUCAGAAGGCAGUGACGCCGACCCUGUACUUUUCCAUGAUCGUCAUCCUGUUUCUAUAUUGCUCCUGUCUUGCUGGCCUGCAGAUUUUCAACAAGGAUGACGUUGCAAGUGGCAAGCUGGGCUUGGGCUUCGAGUCACUGGCCAUGGGCUUUCUCACAUCGCUGGCUAUCUUUUCCGGAGACGGCUGGCUGGACAUCACCACCCAACAGAUCCAGGGCAAGGACAAUCAGCUCUUCGGAUUCUUCUACUUCUUGCUCACCUUCGCGCUGGGCAAGGCUGUCUUGAAGAAUCUCUUGUUGGGCAUCAUCGCGGCCGAGUUCACAGUCGCACGGGACAUCAUGAAGCAGGAUUUUCGGCUUCGCAUGGCCAUCGCUCGAGCAAAGCUUGACAAGUUACGCCUGAUCGACGCGGCAUCGGGAUCCACACCAGGGCGAGACAAGGAGGAAGCCGAGGACGAUGUGGAUGUGGCACCGGAGUCGCCGCGCUGGCCACAGCAGGCUUUCAGCCGCCUCGAGGGCACGGCCGACAAGACCUGCGCCAGGAAUAUGGACGUCAUAAAGAUGAUCCACGUGAAGGGCCAAGCAGCGAAGCGUCUCCAGGCAAUUGGCAAGAUCCACGCCAUGGGGAAGAGCAAGUACAGCUGGCCCAAGGGCGAGAGGCACCCUCCUGAUCCGGGCAUGACGGAUGUGGAGGCCAUGUUCCACAGCUCGGUGGAGAUGCAAAGUGAUGCGCUGCACCGGGCUGCACCACCCGAGUCGCCUGGCAUGCUCCGGCUGCAGCGUGAAGCUUAUCACGGGGCAGCCCCCCCCGAUGAACCUGAGGCUGCUGUCGAUGCGAUGGCUGGAUCAGAGACAGGCUUCAUCUGCAUCCAGGUCGAAUCUGCCGGCAUUUCUGACCCCAAGAAAGCCAAAGAACAAGUCCAGGUAUGCUCCGCGCCGAGGGAACACCUGGCAGCCUUCGACCGUCCAGGCUCUUCCGAGCCAAUGCAGCCUUUCACCUGCUUGCCAGUCUGGGAUCUUGAGCCCAUUGAGCUCUCCACUUAUUCCACUUGCGGUCGGAAGGAGACAUUUGUGGAAAGCUACCGACGGGCUCGAGCAGCACGGGCAGGCUUGCAGGAGGACACUGAGCUAAGCUCGGCGUCCACGGCGUGCACGGCACGGGCAUAUGUCCCACGAGACGUAGAAGCACCACGGCGACGUGUGGCGUGUCGUGAGAACGUGCUGCAUUGGACUAUGCCUCCGCAGCGGAAGGAGGUCAAGCUGGAAGAGACGCCGCAAGUCAUAGGCGAGGAGGUCCUGCUGUCGCAGCUGGAGGACCUGCCGGACGACGAGCCUGUUUUUCAUCGCGAAGCCCUGACGUCCGCAACAAGGAACGGCGCCCCUCCGCCGGAUGACAAACCAUCGAUCACCGAACUGCUUCGAGGCUGUGCACGGAGCAUCAUGCGCUCACAUGGCUUUGAGCCUAUCGUCAUGUUCGUCAUCUGCCUGUCCUCCGUUUCUCUGGCCUUUGAGAGCCCGUUCUCAGACCCCAAUUCGGAGGUGGCAUACUUGCAGAUGGUCAUCGACCGGUUUUCCGUUAUGGUGAUGCUCCUGGAGAUGUUUGUUCGAAUGAUGGUCAUGGGGCUGUGGAAGCAUCCCAGCGAGUGUGGGCCCGGUGAGCUGCCCGGCUACUUCCGUGUGCCCUGGCACGUUCUAGAUUUCGUCAUCUGCCUGGGUGGAUUGACGUACUUGAUCGCCGAGAUGUUUGCCGCAGGCUUGGCGGAGCUGCGGUCUGUGCGUGCGCUGAAGAUGAUUUCAAUGCUUCGGCCCCUGCGACUGAUUGGAAAGACAAGCUCAGUCCGGCUGAUCAUCGAGUCGCUGCUUGCAGCCAUUCCCACGCUCAUCAACAUGACAAUGGUAAGUGCUCUCUUCUACCUCGGCUUCGCUCUGCUCUUUGUCGGCUUCUUCAAAGGUGCACUAUAUCAUUGUUCUCUUGAUCCUCAAGGAGAUCUCAUGCCAGAGAUCGUGACAAAAAAAGAUUGCUUGAAAGCAGGGGGCGAGUGGAUCAACAGCGAGUCCCACUUUGACGCCGUCACGUACUCCUUGGUUGCAUUGUUGCACAUCGGUUCGGGGGAGGGCUGGAUCGACGUCACCCUGAACAUUAUCGGGGCGCAAGGCGUGGAAUUGCAGCCGAGACCAAAGAGCAAGGUAGAGCAGGCGAUCCCAGUGGUGAUCUUCAUGGCUUUGACCAACUUCUUCCUCUUGAACCUGCUAACCGGCAUCUUGGUGGACUCGUACACCAGCACCAAGGCAGAAUUCUCUGGGCAGAGCAACAACACUUCUGAGGAGAGGCUUAUCAAGAAGCUUCAGAGGGAAGUCCUACUCAACCCGGAAGUAUUGCUGCCCCCACCACGCAUUGAUGUCAGAGGGAAAUGCUGCCUCGCAACGCGGCAGCGCCUUAGAUGGUUCAUCGAGCAUCGGAUUUCACGGAGCGUAAUCUUCGUGGGUAUCCUGAGCAAUGCCAUCGUGCUGGGCAUCUCUCCGGUCAUCUUCCCCGAUCUGCUCGAGUUUCGAAGGAUUGUGAGCGGACUUCUUCUUGGACUUUUUGCAUUCGAGCUGGCGAUUAAGAUCUUCGUUUACAGCCGGGACUUCUUCAAGGACAAGUGGCAUGCCUACGACAGCUUCGCCAUCACGGGGUCCUUGAUCGGAGCCUUGGUCAAUGCCCUUGUUUCAGAGAAGGGUGUGAUGACCCAAAUCCUCGGCGGCUUCCAGAUAUUGCGGAUUCUGAUGCUGGUUCGGUAUGCUUGGUUCAUGGAUAGCAUCACGAGCACGAUCUGGGUCGCAUUGCCCGGCCUGUUCCAGGUGUCCGCCCUUCUGACGCUGCUUAUGUUCAUGUAUGCAUGCCUCGGGGUGUCGCUGUUCGGCACUAUGAUGAGUGCUGACGAGGCCGCAAUGUCUGCAAGCGACGGGAUCUACCCCUUGACAGAUACCAACUUUUACAGCUUCAACAAUGCCUUUCUGUUGAUGAUCCGGUGUGCAACAGGGGAGAGGUGGCACGACAUCAUGUACGAUCUCGCUGAAGACAAGCCGAAUUGUACUACAGCAGCGCAAACGUAUGAGGACCUUGUGCAAAAUGGACCUCGAGGGUGCGGCAGCAUGCUUGCGUAUCCUUACUUUGUUAGCUAUGUCUUGAUCGUUCUCUUCAACAUGAUGAACUUGAUCAUUGCGACGGUGUUGGAUGCGUACGGGCAGGUGCAUGAGCUCAUCGAGCUCGAGGACUUCAUGGUCUGCCUGCGUGCCUUGCGGGAUGCCUGGGUGGAGAUCGAUCGGAACUUCUUGGGUUAUCUCCACGUGGCAGAGGUUGAGAACAUCUUGCUCAGCAUCCCACAGCCCGUGGGCUUCAUCGGGCUCAAGAAGCGACAACUGCUCCGAUCCUUGAUGAACCUGCAAGUGCACGAGGGAAGUAUGCUUGCCUACCGCGAUGUCAUAAAGCUGGUGGCGCAGCGCUCGGUGCUAUUUCUCAGUGGGGAGCUUUUGCUCCAUCCUCAAGAGGCGGAACUCGAUGAACAAGCUCUUCGCACUUGGAAUGCGGCGUUCCCGGAGUUGCCACCUGAGCCGCCUUCUGACGCCAUUCUGAUCGCCCACAUCGUCAUAGCCAGGAGAACUGCAGUCUACAUCCGCAAAAAGCGAUGGGAGUGGAAGCAGCGCAGUCGCUCGGGACAGGGUGCAAUGCGAAGCCUCAAGAAGGCCGCAGCCAACAGAGGUUUGGACACCCGCGCGCGCUCACCCCGGGGCUCCCCCCGGGGCUCGCCGAAGGGAUCACCGCGUGGAUCCCCACGCAGCGGCUCGCCGCGGAGCGGCUCGCCGCGGAGCGGCUCGCCGGCCGGCUCCGAAGGUAAGGAUGAGGUGUGGGAGGAAGCCAUGUACAACGUGGAUGUGGACAUAGACACUGCCCUGGCGGGUGUUUGGGAGCAAAGUGAUGAUCCUGGCCCGCCUACCUCCAUUUUCGUGAGUCAGCUGGCGCCUUCGGAGACGGCCCAAGCGCAGCGCUCUCGCAAGCUGCCUCAGCUAUCUCCUCUGCGGUGGCCCCCAGAGGAGCUGGUAAAAUACCAGCCCGAGGAGGAGCCCGUCUUCACGAAUGCGGAGAGCUCGAUGUGGGCGAAAGUCGCUGACCUUGCACAAGGGAAGGGCUCCAGACCCACCUGGAAGGAGUGA